AUGGGCCGCACCGAAAAAUCACAGGGUCUCGCGCCACCCGCCGUGCGCAAAGAUAUCCGAGCCAAACAAGCGCGGCACGUGGUGAACAAAGUAGUUCCUGCAAUAUUGGCAUCAAAUGCAAGAGCUAGGCGAGGUGCGGACGGGAGUGAGCUUAUUCCGAACCCGGAGCCGAACGGCACGGUGGGGCAGGAUAGUAAGAAUAGGGUUGGUGCACGUGUUGAGGGUGGUGAAGAUACGGGCUAUGUGAAGAGGAAGGGUCAGGGGAGGCGGAAGGUCAAAGGUGGGAAAGACGAUGUUGAAGAGGAGGAUGCAAGGAAUGGUGAUGUGGGGAGAGAUGCUGGCAAAGGAAGGGGAAAAGGAAGAGGCAAGAAACGCAAUGAUUCUCUCGACGAAGGGCUAUCAAACCUCAACUUGAAUAAUACUGCAACAUCAACGCCCGACCCAUCCAGGAAGCCGCGAUGUAUACGCAUGAUAACGACAGACGCCCUCACAGCUGCACAUAUGCUCGCCAACCCCUCAUCAUACGAUGCCACCGCGACCACCACAUCAAAGCAGACGUCGAAGAAACAACCAAACCCAUGCAUUUUGAACAUGGCCUCUCCCCUCCGUCCAGGCGGCGGUCUCCUGACAGGCGCCACUUCCGCCGAAGAAUCCCUCUGCGCACGCACAACCCUUCUCCCAUCACUUAAAGAGACGUUUUACCGCCUCCCCGAAUACGGGGGCAUAUACACACACGAUGUACUCGUUUUCCGCUCUGCUCUUCCUCUUGGCGAUAGUGCCGGUGAGCUAUCUCCGACUGAGCGCUGGUAUGUCGACGUCAUCAGCGCGGGGAUGUUACGGUUUCCUGAACUAGAAGGGGAAGAAGAGGAAGAGAAGAGAUUAAGCAAGAAAGAUAGGGAGAUUGUAGAAAGCAAGAUUAAGGGUGUAUUGAGGAUAGCGGAACAAAAGGGGGUUAAAGCGUUAGUGCUUGGGGCCUGGGGCGUUGGAGCGUAUGGGAAUCCAGUAAGAGAUGUUGCGGAGGCCUUCGCGAAGGUCUUAGGUUGUGUUAGCUCUCACCCUUCAUCUGGAGGCAAGAAGAACAACAAGUUGCCAUCGACUGGUGCUGAGACAUUCCCAUCUAUCGAGAACAUCAUCUUUGCUAUUCCCCAACGCAAAGUCGCCAACGACUUCGCAGCUGCGUUCGGCGGCAAGAUCGAAGUCGAAGACGGCCCUGGAGCUUCUGGCGACGAUAAUGACGAAGAAGAUGACGAGGAGGAUAAGGUAGCGGAAGAGUUGAGGAGCAAGAUCCAAGAGAUGGACGGCCAGAUAAGUAAGGUUUGGAAUCCAGAUCUGAAAGCAAGGCUGGGCGCUAUUCUGGAUGGCUUGAAAGCGCAGUUGAGGGAGAGGGAGGGGACGCCUCGGACGGGUAGUGUGGGUGAUGACGAGGAAGAUGAGGACGGAGACGAGGACGAUGAUGAGGAUGAGGGAGACACUGAAGACAGCGAUGAGGCAGAUGAGGAUGAGGAUGAUCAAGAUGUCACUGCGCACAACCAAAGGAUACCUGGCAAGAGAAGAGAUACAAUAGAUGACAGCGAUGACGAUGACGAAGAUUAG